UAAAUAAAUAAAAAUAUAUAUGUACAUAUAAAUAUUUAAAAUAAAUAAUAUUAAUUUAAAUUUCGAAAAUGGAUUGCCAAAAAAUUGAAGUAAUCUUUGAACACUCCACGGUAUGACCAUUCACUUAUUUUCUACCGGCAUAUUGUUAAAUCAAACUUGUGGUCACACUAGUGUAGAAUCUGCAAACAUACGAACGUAAACAAAUAUCUUUCUUGAAGUAAUUAAAAAAAAAACAAAAUGCCAUUAACUGCAGAAAGUGCGGCACAACAAAUUCAGGAACGACUGAAAGACAUACAACAACACAUACACAAAGUGGACAGUGAACGGCGUCGUGCAGAAACUUCUAUUGCAAAUAUUGUGCGAGCACAGCAAAGUCAGAUAGCGACCCCGAAAUUAAAGAGUCUGCUGCAGUCAAAGAUAUUGGAGGCCACACAGGAGGAAGCAACGAUAAGAGCAGCGUUGGCUAAAAUCCAUGAAAUACGCAACAUACGGAAUGAACGUCGCAUUCAAGCUAGAAAUGCGGGCAAUAAAGAAGCCAUUCGUCGUGGUGCGCUCAUGAAAAUGGUGCAAUUGUCGGCGCAAACGUUGCCGCUAUUCGUUAGCAAACCAGGCGAACGAGCUCCGGCUCUUUGCGGAGCAAUUCCAGCUGAGAGUAGCUAUGUAGCCAAAGUAGGCGACAAUGUGGCCGCCUUGGCCAAGGGCAUUGAUGAGGAGGAGAACUGGAUCUUGGCGGAGGUGGUGCAGUUUCUACAUCGUCAGAACAAAUACGAUGUUAUUGACAUCGACGAGGAGCAAAAGGAUCGCCAUGUACUAAGCAAACGCAAAGUUAUUCCACUGCCAUUGAUGCGUGCAAAUCCGGAGACCGAUGGUCAUGCACUCUUUCCCAAAGAUACAGUUGUGAUGGCUUUGUACCCACAAACUACGUGUUUCUACAAAGCUAUCGUGAAUCGCCUGCCACAAACAGCUACCGAAGAUUAUGAUGUGCUAUUUGAGGACUCGUCGUAUUUGAAUGGGUACGCGGAACCGCUGCCUGUAGCCCAAAGAUAUGUCAUUGCAUACAGACCCACCAAGAAAGGUGGCAGCAGCGGCAGUGGAAAUCUCUCAUCGGCUUAAGCAAUAACAAAAA